CUCCCUCUGCCUUCCUUCCCCACGGCCGGCCGCCUCCUCGCCCGCCUGCCCGCAGCCCCGGAGCUGAGGCCGCCGCGGCCGUGGCGGCCGAGCCCUCAGUCAUGGCCUCGGGCGACACCCUCUACAUCGCCACGGACGGCUCGGAGAUGCCGGCCGAGAUCGUGGAGCUGCACGAGAUCGAGGUGGAGACCAUCCCGGUGGAGACCAUCGAGACCACGGUGGUGGGCGAGGAGGAGGAGGACGACGACGACGACGAGGACGGCGGCGGCGGAGACCACGGCGGCGGGGGCGGCCACGGGCACGCGGGCCAUCACCACCACCACCACCACCACCACCACCCGCCCAUGAUCGCGCUGCAGCCGCUGGUCACCGACGACCCGACCCAGGUGCACCACCACCAGGAGGUGAUCUUGGUGCAGACGCGCGAGGAGGUGGUGGGCGGCGACGACUCGGACGGGCUGCGCGCCGAGGACGGCUUCGAAGACCAGAUCCUCAUCCCGGUGCCCGCGCCGGCCGGCGGCGACGACGACUACAUCGAGCAGACGCUGGUCACCGUGGCUGCGGCCGGCAAGAGCGGCGGCGGCGGCUCGUCGUCGUCGGGCGGCGGCCGCGUCAAGAAGGGCGGCGGCAAGAAGAGCGGCAAGAAGGGCUACCUCGGCGGCGGGGCCGGGGCGGCGGGCGGCGCGGACGCGGGCAACAAGAAGUGGGAGCAGAAGCAGGUGCAGAUCAAGACCCUGGAGGGCGAGUUCUCGGUCACCAUGUGGUCCUCAGAUGAAAAAAAAGAUAUUGACCAUGAAACGGUGGUUGAAGAACAGAUCAUUGGCGAGAACUCGCCUCCUGAUUAUUCCGAGUACAUGACAGGAAAGAAACUUCCUCCCGGAGGAAUACCCGGCAUCGACCUCUCAGAUCCCAAACAACUCGCAGAAUUUGCUAGAAUGAAGCCAAGAAAAAUUAAAGAAGAUGAUGCUCCAAGAACAAUAGCUUGCCCUCACAAAGGCUGCACAAAGAUGUUCAGGGAUAACUCUGCCAUGAGGAAGCACCUGCACACCCACGGCCCCCGAGUCCACGUCUGUGCAGAAUGCGGCAAAGCUUUUGUUGAGAGCUCAAAACUAAAACGACACCAACUGGUUCAUACUGGAGAGAAACCCUUUCAGUGCACGUUUGAAGGCUGCGGGAAGCGCUUUUCACUGGACUUCAAUUUGCGCACACACGUGCGCAUCCACACCGGAGACAGGCCCUAUGUGUGCCCCUUCGACGGUUGUAAUAAGAAGUUUGCUCAGUCGACUAACCUGAAAUCUCACAUCUUAACACAUGCUAAGGCCAAAAACAACCAGUGAAAAGAAGAGAGAAGGCCCUUCGCAGCCUCAGGAAGCAUCUUCCAGGAGCGUGAUUGGGAAUAAACAUGCCUCUCCUUUGUAUAUUGUUUCUAGAAAAGAAUUUUAAAAAUGAAUCCUACAUACCCAAGGGACAUGUUUUGAUAAAGUAGUAAAAAUUUAAAAAAAAAAACUUUAAUAAGAUGACAUUGCUAAGAUGCUCUAUCUUGCUCUGUAAUCUCGUUUCAAAAACACGGUGUUUUUGUAAAGUGUGGUCCCAACAGGAGGACAAUUCAUGAACUUCGCAUCAAAAGACAAUUCUUUAUACAACAGUGCUAAAAAUGGGACUUCUUUUCACAUUCUUAUAAAUAUGAAGCUCACCUGUUGCUUACAAUUUUUUUAAUUUUGUAUUUUCCAAGUGUGCAUAUUGUACACUUUUUGGGGAUAUGCUUAGUAAUGCUAUGUGUGAUUUUUCUGGAGGUUGAUAACUUUGCUUGCAGUAGAUUUUCUUUAAAAGAAUGGGCAGUUACAUGCAUACUUCAAAAGUAUUUUCCUGUAAAAAAAAAAAGUUAUAUAGGUUUUGUUUGCUAUCUUAAUUUUGGUUGUAUUCUUUGAUGUUAACACAUUUGUAUAAUUGUAUCGUAUAGCUGUAUUGAAUCAUGUAGUAUCAAAUAUUAGAUGUGAUUUAAUAGUGUUAAUCAAUUUAAACCCAUUUUAGUCACUUUUUUUUUUUUUCCAAAAAAUACUGCCAGGUGGUGAUGUUCAGUGUAAUUUCUUUGCCUGUUCAGUUACAGAAAGUGGUGCUCAGUCGUAGAAUGUAUUGUACCUUUUAACACCUGACGUGUACAUCCCAUGUAACAGAAAGGGCGACAAUAAAAUAGCAAUCCUACAGAAAGAAUAUGGCAGAAAAGAGAUCUGUAAGCACAGUCUUCUUUCCUUUUGUUGUCCAGAAUAAUUAUAAUUCUUGAGCCUCCCAGAAAUUGGAAGCUAAAUAAAGCAACUCAAGUUUCCUUUACUUUGCACUCAAGUGCAGUGACUUGUGACUAAAGCGAUGCAUGGACAUCCUGCUACUUCCACAUGUGCCGACUCGGUUCGGAGAGAGAGAGAGAGAGUAGGCCCCAGGCACCCCGAGUUAAGGAACUACCUCAGAGUCCCCCAGAUCGGGCCCGGUGACGAUAGGAUCGUGGAGUUAGCGCCCCCAGCACACGUGUGACCGAAGCGCCUGUGCCCCGGCCUGCGUGUGUCCUCCAGGUAAGGUGCUCCCUGGCGAUGGCGCUGCUCAGGCCGCCUUCGGAGCAGCUCCGGCAGGCCCCGGCUUGUCUGACGGGGAGCACUUAGGGUUAGCGGCUGCUUCGUUUGAGAGCCUUGGUCCCUGCCUCCGGUGGGAUCUAAAUGCCAGCGCGGUGUGGCAGCUGAGGGCCCGGAGCCGACUUCAGUGCCGAAGCGGAGAGUGAGUACAGACUGGCGAGGUGGUUAGGUCGUUGCGAAAACUGUGCUCAGUGAGUACUUUACCUCUGACAUUGUGACCUCCCAAAUGUACGAUGGUGAUUUUUGGAUUUAAGAGUCAAAUAGCGGACUCGCGAGGCUAUUUUAUGAACUGCCAUGAUACAGCAAAAUCCCAUGUAUUCAAAAUGCAAACCUACUCCGUGUCUUUGUGCUGCAUGCUUGACUCUUCAAGGUAAUAGACAGACUAGCUAACGUCAGAUUCCUUUGCAAGACGUCCAGGACACCAUCCGGUCGAAAACGUAGCUCUGUCUCUACGGCUUCUCCAUCGGUCCUGUGCAGGAGGAGUGGUGACCUUAUGACAGUGACCCUGUGGCUCUCCGGAAUUUUGAAGUGCCUUCUGAAUCAUAAAUGAAAAAUGUAACUUGAGACACUUUUUUUUAUUUGUUCAGAAUCUGUUAUCCAUUGAGUGAGUAGUUUGAUGGAACUGAGUUAAUCAGAAGACCCCAGCUGUUCUCUGGAUAAGCCAGGCUUUGCUGUAUCUGGCAGGCAGGAGAGAGGUAAGCCCGCGGCAGACGGAGGUCCCCUUCCAAGCCGAGCGCCCUAGUGCGAACAGGUGCUUCUCUGACCAGACCUGGGGCAGAGGCGUCCACCGCUGCCUACUUCCCUCCCCGCCGGCAGGCGAGCGUCCCCAGGUGGCUGUGUUAGGAGGCUGCAGCUGCCUCGCCCUCGCCCAGUCGUGUGCCACCCUGGAGCCUGGUCCUGGCGCUGUCCUCAGGACCCCCGCCCGAGGGCCUGAGGCCGGCCGGACUCGUGCCGUGGCGGACCCUGGAGGGCCGGGCGGGGACCUACCGGAGCCAGGCUCCCGAGUGGAGGGCGGCCCCUCUUCCUCUGUGCCUUGACCCCUUGGGGGUGCCUCCGGCCAUCUCUGUCCCUUUCUGCGCUGAGUCAGCCGCCACCACUCCCCUCGACUCUCCGUUCACAUGUCUUCUCUCAGUCUGCAGAGUUCAUUUCUGAGAGGAAUCUCUGGGCGCUGAAGACAAAUUAGCGUCCAGGUUCCUGGGUGACACAGCACGCGCAGUUGACAAGAGCAGUGUGGGAAACGGAUAAAGGACACCUUGCAGCGUAGAGGUCGUUCUCGUGGCUGUGACUCCAACCCGUUUCGCUUGUGGUUAGAAUUUAUAAUUUUGCUAAAGAUGUAGUUUACUAAAACUUAAAGUGGUGUUCUAACAGUGAGUCAGUCGUCUUGAGAAUUAAUCGGGUUUAUAAGUAAUACUGAUAGACAUAUUUUCUUACAUCUGAGCUGAAAUAAAUGCAUGUUUCUCGCGUAUGUAACAUACAAGCGCCAGAGGAUGAGUACCUCUAACAAGAUGGUGUUUUCUAUUUUUGGAUUUCUUCUUAUUUUCCCCCUUUUUGGUAGUGGGGGUUUAGGGGAAGCAUAAUGUUUGUAUAAAGAACUGUCACCCCAGAGUGACAUUUAUUUUCCAAGGUGACAGUGAACUCACUGUUGGUUUCCUAUGGUGUCUGUGUGCUGUGCCUAGACAAGGUCUGAGGCUCUGAGGAAAAUCAAGAUUUUCUUUAAUUUGGUUUCCAUGUGCAUCCUUUAAUGUCAGUUACUUUGCUCACCUGGAGUAAAAUUAAAGGGAGACCCUUUGAAGUGUGCUCGACGCCUGCCAGGGGUUCCCAGCCAAGUUCUAGUUCACUUGUUCAGACAGACGAGAGGCUUCCGUGGAGUAGGCUGCCUGCGGCCCAUCUGCUUGGCGGCACCUCCCCACUGGCCCUUAACCUCUCAGUCUGGUCUGCGGCUGGGCAAGACGGGGUCCCCUCAGCGAUCAUCCGCCCCCACCACACACAGGCAGAGGGAGCGGCUCGCUUCUCGCGCCCGACUCCUCUGACCUGGGAUCGGCGCAGCUCAGGGCGGCCGUGUUAUUGGUCCUUAACUCCUCCUGUCCUCUUGACAUCUGACCACCAGCAAAAGCAAGGAUCCCAGAGGUCAGAACGGGGGGUGGGGGCAGCCGAGGCCUUUCACAGGCGUCCACCUGAUGCCGUGACCGCCCCGCGAGGCUUCCUCCUGGCUGCUGAAGCCAGCCCUGUGCCUGUCACCGACGGCUUGACCCUGCCCUCGGGUGCCCCUGUCGGAACCCAGGCCCGGCAGGUCCUGGCAGGUGCCUUCCGCCCAAACUCAACCCAGGAGGUGGAGGGAGGGGCCCAGGCCCCCGCUGGCCCGCUCUCCACGGCCCGCUCUUCUGCUUGACAGUCGUCCCCGGGGCCCUCGUGCCCGCGCAGAAGCCUUCGGCUGAGUGGCUGGCUGGGGACCUGGAGAGCUCGGGUUGUCACUGCCCCUGUCGUGGCUUUCCUGGUGGCCCGAAGGUGGUUUGAGAGCAGCAGCGGCAGGCCGGAGAGGGUGUUAGUCCAGCUGGGGCGGCCUGGGCCCUGAUGGCAGGGGCGGGCGGCGUGCCCGCUGCCGCGCUUCGCCCGCUCCCUGUAGGAAACCCGGGAGGGCACGUGGAGACGGAACCGCAGCCUUAGAUCGGCAGGCAAACCAGACUUCCCACAGACCGGUCGUGCCGGCUUCCACGUCUCCCGCCAGCAUCUCUGGGAGUCGACGGGGGGUGGUGUGUGGUGGCACCGCGGUCGCCUAGAGCGUGAUGACCGUUUAUCCAAGAGUGGCAGUUUGGUCACACUGCUCUUGAUGAAAGAUGCUCAGACGCCCUAAGAGGCGGCACUGGGGUGUCGCGGGGAGGGGCCGGCGGCUGUGCGGGGUUGUGUUGGCUGCUCUGUGUCGGGGCCGCACGGGGUCUGCUUAUACACGUUGGAGGGAAAGCGGGUCAGUACCAAACAGCAACCUGUCUGCGACAACAUCCUUCGCGGGUGCAGGGCUCUGCUAUCUACAGGUGGUGAUUGGUCCAACUUUUCGUAGAACAAUUCUGUUUUUACUCACUUUCUGGUAACUUCUGUAGGCCCCGAUUCAAGGACUUCACUGUGCGUCUCAUGUACAUCUCUCUCUCAAAUGUCUGCCGUUUCUGGAACUGUCCUUGGUUUUCCCUUAGCUCAUAGGUCAUAGAUGCAGAAAUAUUAGAGUAUUUAAGGCAUCCGCAUCCAGCAUCAGAUGGCUUUGCAUCCAGAAAAAAACAUUUAACGAUAAUUCAGUUUGAAGCACCAAGCAUGUGUAACAUGGCUCUAUAAAAUAUAAUAAACGCAUAAUGUUGUUAAACUUU